ACCGUUGAAUCAAUGAUCUUGAGUGGGAAUGUGAGAAUGACUCUGGAUCAUGUAAGCAAGACUGAGUCGGCCAUGAUUCUUCGCCUCAAGUUAUAUCGGACGGUGAGUUCAUGGCUACCAGCCUUUUUUGACACGGGUAUGUUCAUGCCGAAGAGGCGAAUCUUCAGAAAUUGAGACGUGCCCACGAGGGGUGCACGCGUGUUGGGUCAGGCUUGCCGCAGUCACGCCAUUUUGAACUACUCCAGCCUUGAAGAUGUCCAUCGAUCUUGGGCUUGACAGAAUCAAGGCUCUCCUGGAACAUAUCCCAUAUGCUAGACCGACAAUUCAUGUAGUGGGAACAAACGGUAAAGGAAGUGUGUCAUCUCUGAUCGAACACGCCUUGCUGUCUGGUGGUCUCUCGGUUGGUAAAUUUACGAGCCCUCAUCUCGUCCAUGCCUACGAUUGCAUUUCAAUCAACGGUCAAUCUGUCUCCCCAGUUACAUACGAGCGUUUGUCGUCGCAUCUCAAGUCCUUAUCGGUGGAUCACGAAAUUGACGCGAGUCCGUUCGAGUUUUUGACUGCUACAGCACUCUCGGCGUUCGAGGAGGAAAAGCUGGAUGUCGUCAUCCUGGAAGCUGGAAUGGGUGGAAGGCUGGAUGCCACGAAUGCACUUCCAGAUGAAGUCAUGCUGAUCACUGUCAUUACUGCAAUCGACUUCGAUCAUCAAGCAUUCCUUGGGGAUACAAUAUCUUCUAUCGCUCGCGAGAAAGCUGGAGUAAUACGAGAGCAUGGUUCGGUGGUUUUAGGGGAUCAAUCACCAGAAAGUGUUGCUGAGGUCCUCCAAGCCGUCGUCGAAGUUGCCUCACAGCAGAGCGCCAAAAUAAUUAAGUCAAAGCCCGCUACUCGUAUCACUGAAGGACCAGGAAACUCGCCUUCCGAUGGUGAUGCCUGGGAGCCACCGGCUCCCUUCCAGAGCAUUUCCCUGCCUUCACUGAACGGUGACAAGGAGAUCCGGAUACAACUUCCGCUUCUUGGCGAACAUCAGCUUGGCAACGCCGGAGUCGCCUACGAAGCUCUCAAGGCUCUCCGGGAGCGACGACCUGCCUUAUUCCGAGCUGUGAGUGACGAUAGUAUUUCGAAUGGUUUUGGAAGCGUACGCUGGUUGGGACGCCUUUCUUGGACAACCAUACCGUUGCCCGCCUUUCCGCCCAGUGAGGAUAAAGAUGGCCCGCCUUCUCUAAGGGUCCUUGUGGAUGGAGCACAUAAUGAGGCUUCUUCACAGGCGCUUUCCUCCUAUCUUGAAUCUGUGGGAUUGGGAGGGGGUCGAGGCCAUACUCCACGGACCUUCAUUGUUGCCUUCUCACAUUCUCCACCGAAGACUCCGGAAGACAUCCUCAAAAAACUGCUGAAAUCAGGAGAUCGUGUUGCGCUCAUUCCCUUUAAGCAACCUGUCGAGGGCAUGCCUUGGGUUCGGAACGCCUGGAGGGAUGAUGUGAGGCGUUCCGUUACAAAACGAAUCGGCUCGUCGGGCGAGAUAUGGGAGCCUCAACGACAUGUCGCCGAUUCGCCCUUUCUACAGGCCUUACACUGGGCUAGGCGCAGGGGUGAAACGGCUAUCAUCGCUGGCAGUCUUUAUCUGGCUGGCGAUUUCUACCGGGAAUUUGGGAUUCUAUAGCACGCCCGCUGAAUGAAAAGGGAUUUGAGAAGCGGUACUUCACAAUGGCCCUGUCCAUGAUUGAUUAGCAGCAUGAUUAUGCAUAACGAAUAAGCGUUCUUGGAAUCCCGGUCGAAAAGGCCACAUUUCAUUCACUACUGCCACAU